AGAUAGGCACCGAUUGGUUUUUUUGUGUGUGUCCGCCGUGGCAGCCUAGGCAAUUGUUGCUUAACCUGUGUGUGUGUGAGAGAGAGACAGUGUGUAUACAUAAGGUUCAGCUACUUCUACUGUUUGAUUAUAAAUUGGAGGGGCGCCCCUAUGCGGGCAGGACGGGGCCCAGGCCACCCACUUUUGCACAGGCCCACCCAAAAAUCAAUUCCUGGCGACGCCCCCGCUUCGCCACCUUCCACCAGAGCUGACUGAGCGCUUAAAAAAAAGUGACCGAAAUGGCAUCACAAUCUUCCACCUCUCUCUCGGGUCUGACGCCGGAGUGGAGUGGAAAUUAGGGGCCGCCGUCCUUUUCCUCUUCCCACCACGCGAGGUCUCCGCAGAGUCUCCGGGAUUUCAUUUCUCACGGCUGAGACGGAGCAGGGGACGUACUGUGGGUGCUUGAAAACUUAACACAUCGGUUCAAUUAGUUGUUUUUUUGUUUGUUUCUUUCUCUUUGUAUUUCUCCGAACUCAGAAAUGUACCCAAAUGUUAACUCGUCACGAAAACACGUGCUUGCUGAAUCAUGCCGUGAAGGAGCUGUGCCGAAAGAUGGAUGUGUACGGACGAGCUGCGUGUGAAAUCCUUAGAAAUAUGCCACGUUGAAAUCUGUUUUUUUUUUUAAAAAAAAAAAAACAGAAUCGGAAGAUACACCCGAGGGAACACUGCUUUUCGGGCAAUGACUAACAUUGCAAUUCUAAAAAAAAACUAAUUUCUGUAUCGAUUAUACACCUCGGUAUGGUAGAAGUCAAAUCCCAGCGCACCGGUACUAGGGAUAGAGGCGCAAGAUCGACAGCAGGAAACUUCACAUGGAAAGGAAACAUUUUUUUUUUUUACCAUUACACAGACUUCUGAGCUGUAACUUAACCGUGUAACGGAUUGCUGGUAGAACCUGUGGAAGAUUUUAUUUUUCAUCCUUGGGGAUAUUUAGCGUGGUGAGGUGGGGGAAUAAAAAAAGAAGUUGGCAUUUUUUCUCUCCCUCUCUCGCGGUUUUGAAGAAAUAAUACAGUGCUGUAUUUGUUUUAAUGCACAUUGUAGUUUAAGCGAGCACCCGACAGACCUCUGCACAUAAUAUAGGCUACCCACCAAUUCAUGAAAAUGGACCCUAGCAGAAGUUUUUUCUGGACUGACUUCUUUGUAAGGUAGGGGCGCGUGUGAACGUACCGACUGUCCCGUGUCUGGAACCGGAUCAUAAUUAUUACUCCUGCUAAUCAUCACCGUGAAAAUGGAUCUUUCUUUGUAGCGAUUACCCGUCACUCAGAGGUGUCCUGCUUUUAAAGCCUUCUAGUGUUUUAUAAGAGAAAGGCCAACAAACAAGGAAUUGACUAUGGCUACGACGACGGGCUUCUUUUCCAACGGAUCAGUUCCUUGGAUCGAGAAUGAUGCGGAGGUCAACAAUCUGUACAGAGACCUUGAGCUUGGCACUGUCCUGACACUCUAUUACUCCAAAAAAUCUCAGCGGCCGGAGAGGAGAACAUUUCAAGUCAAGCUUGAGACGAGGCAAAUUAUAUGGACCAGAGGCACAGACAAAAUUGAAGGAGAAAUUGAUAUCCGGGAGAUUAAAGAGAUCCGACCCGGCAGGAGUUCCCGGGAUUUUGAGCGCUACAUCGAGGACUCCUCUGUGCGCUCUGACCAGGCCCACUGUUUCGUCAUCCUCUAUGGCCCUGAAUUCCGCCUCAAGGCUCUCAGCCUGGCAGCCACGUCAGAUGAGGAGAUGACGAUGUGGGUGAAGGGCUUGAACUGGCUGGUGGCAGACACACUCAAGGCCUCCACACCCCUGCAAAUCGAGAGGUGGUUACGGAAACAAUUCUAUGCAAUUGAUCGGAACCGGGAAGAAAAGAUUUCCUGUAAGGAUCUGAAGAACAUGCUGAGCCAAGUCAACUACAGGGUCCCGAACAUGAGGUUUCUCCGUGAGAAAUUUCCGGAUGUGGAGCUCAGAAACGGGGACGUCACCUACAGUCAGUUUGCCCAGCUGUAUCGUAGCCUGAUGUUUGAUGCCCAGCAGUCUAUGGACAUUCCUUUCCUCCAAAAAUAUGCAGAAAGACCAGAUCAGCAUAAAGUCACUCUAGAAGAGUUUCAGUCUUUUUUAGUGGAACAACAGAAGGAGCUGUGGGCCACAGACAACAACCAGGUCCAGGUGUUCAUGUUCAGCUACCUGCAGGACCCACUGAGGGAGAUAGAGCAGCCCUUCUUUUACCAGGACGAGUUCCUGACCUACCUGUUUUCCAAAGAAAACAAUAUCUGGGACCCCAAAUUCGACCAGGUGUGCCCAGAGGACAUGAACAAUCCACUGUCCCACUACUGGAUCUCCUCCUCCCACAACACAUACCUGACGGGGGACCAGUUCUCCAGUGAGUCUUCAUUGGAAGCCUAUGCACGCUGUCUGAGAAUGGGAUGCAGGUGUAUUGAAUUGGACUGCUGGGAUGGUCCAGACGGAAUGCCAGUGAUAUAUCAUGGGCACACCCUCACCACCAAAAUCAAGUUCUGCGAUGUCCUGAACACGAUUAAGGAGCAUGCCUUCGUCACAUCUGAAUAUCCCAUCAUUCUGUCCAUUGAAGACCACUGCAGCAUUGUGCAGCAGAGGAACAUGGCCACCUACUUCAAGAAGGUGUUUGGAGAAAUGCUGUUGACCAAGGCGGUGGAUAUAUCUGCAGACGGUCUUCCUUCACCCAACCAGCUAAAAAGGAAAAUCCUCAUCAAGCACAAGAAACUGGCAGAGGGCAGUGCCUACGAGGAAGUGUCCACCUCUACCCCCUACUCGGAGAACGACAUCAGCAACUCCAUCAAGAAUGGGAUCCUGUAUCUUGAGGACCCCAUCAAUCACGAGUGGUACCCUCACUUCUUCGUAUUGACAAGCAACAAGAUUUACUACUCAGAAGAGACGACAAACAACCAGGGCAACGAGGAUGAAGAGGAGCAAAGAGAGGUGUCCAACGGCAUGGACCAGCAUGUCACGGAGAAGUGGUUCCACGGGAAGCUGGGCGCAGGGCGUGACGGGCGCCAGAUCGCCGAGAGGCUGCUGCAGGAGUACUGCCUGGAGACGGGUGCCCCCGACGGCUCCUUCCUCGUGCGGGAGAGCGAGACGUUUGUGGGAGACUACACUCUAUCCUUCUGGCGCUCCAGCCGAGUGCAGCACUGUCGGAUUCACUCCCGCCAAGAAGGCGGCAGCCCCAAGUACUACCUGACGGACAACCUGGUUUUCGACAGCCUCUACGCCCUCAUCACACACUACAAACAGGUGGCGCUGCGCUGCAACGAGUUCGAGAUGAAGCUGACGGAGCCUGUUCCUCAGACCAACGCACACGAAAGCAAGGAGUGGUACCACGCUAACCUCACGCGGAGCCACGCAGAGAACAUGCUCAUGAGAGUCCCUCGAGACGGGGCCUUUUUGGUGCGCAAGAGAACGGAGCCCAAUUCCUACGCCAUCUCCUUCAGGGCGGAGGGGAAGAUCAAGCACUGUCGAGUCCAGCAGGAGGGCCAGACAGUGGUCCUGGGCACCUCCGAGUUCGACAGCCUGGUGGACCUCAUCAGCUACUACGAGAAGCACCCUCUGUACAGGAAGAUGAAGCUGCGCUACCCCAUCAACGAGGAAACACUGGAGAAAAUCGGCACAGCUGAGCCCGAUUACGGAUCUUUGUACGAAGGACGGAAUCCAGGAUUUUACGUAGAAGCCAACCAGAUGCCUACAUUUAAGUGCACUGUGAAGGCCCUGUACGAGUACAAGGCCCAGCGUGAUGAUGAGCUCUCCUUUUCCAAGAAUGCCAUCAUCCAGAAUGUGGAGAAACAGGAAGGAGGCUGGUGGAAGGGGGACUGUGGAGGAAAAAAGCAGCUGUGGUUCCCAUCCAACUAUGUGGAAGAGAUCAGCCCCACCACUGUGGAGCCUGAGAGAUCUCCGUCGGCUGAGAACAGCCCGCUGGGAGACCUGCUUCGGGGGAGUGUGGAUGUGUCUUCGUGUCACAUUGUUGUGCGCCCAGAUGGAAAGGGACCCCGGCCAUUUGUCUUUUCCCUCAUGACAGCUCCCACGCCGCGGCCCGGGCAGGUCCUUGACAUCGCGGCCAACACGCAGGAAGAAAUGAAGGACUGGGUGCUGAAGAUCCGUGAGGUCACCAUGACCUCUGAGGCCAAGAUGGAGGAGGGGAAGAUGAUGGAGAGGAGGAAGAAGAUCGCUCUUGAGCUGUCCGAUCUCGUCAUCUACUGCCGACCAGUUCCCUUCGAUGAGGAGAAGAUUGGCACAGAUCGUGCCUGCUACAGAGACAUGUCCUCCUUCCCAGAGACCAAGGCAGAGAAGUAUGUCAACAGAAUCAAGGGCAAGAAGUUCCUCCAGUACAACCGGCUGCAGCUGUCCCGCAUUUACCCCAAAGGCCAGCGCCUGGACUCCUCCAACUAUGACCCCCUCCCCAUGUGGCUGUGCGGCAGCCAGCUGGUGGCUCUGAACUUCCAGACGGCAGACAAGCCCAUGCAGAUGAACCAGGCACUGUUCAUGCUUAAUGGGAGGAGUGGUUACGUGCUGCAGCCUGCAAUAAUGAGGGAUGAGAACUUUGACCCCUUUGACCGCAACUCGCUACGCGGGCUGGAGCCAAUCACCGUUCAGAUAGAGGUGCUGGGUGCUCGCCACCUGCCGAAGCAUGGGCGAGGUAUCGUAUGCCCGCUGGUCGAGAUUGAAGUGUGUGGAGCAGAGUAUGACAAUGCCAAACAGAAGACUGACUCCGAAGCGGACAAUGGUCUUAACCCUAUAUGGCCAGUAAAGCAGUUUCGGUUCACUGUGUGCAAUUCAGAAUUUGCUUUCCUGCGCUUUGUGGUCUACGAGAUUGAUAUGUUUAAUGACCAGAAUUUCCUCGCACAAGCUACCUUCCCUGUGACCGGACUCAAGACAGGUUACCGGUCAGUCCCUCUGAAGAACAGCUACAAUGAGGACUUGGAGCUGGCAGCUCUGCUGGUCCACAUAGACAUCUUCAGCGGCAGGCACGAGAAUGGGGAGCUGAGCCCCUUCCUGGGCGCUGCCGCGGCCGCCCACACCAUGCGGGACAGGCUGGGCGACGCCUCUCCCGGCCAGACGCUGGCCUACCGGGGGCGCGAGGGCUCCUUCGAGUCGCGUUACCAGACCCCCCUGGACGACUUCCGACUGUCCCAGGAGCAGCUCCUGGACCACGCCGACCCCAGAGAAAAGAGGUUAAUGCGCAGGACCAGGGUGGGUGGAGAGAAUCGUUUGUAGAUGAAGCGGGGCCUGUUUCAAGUGCCUCCAGUACUGAUGAUGUCACUGACUGCUGUGAAAACUGGUUUCUAUGGAAACGUUACCGCUUUGGCCUACAUUUCAGGCAGCUCUUCCUCUUCUCUCUGUCCUCGGCCUCCCAGAACUGUUCUUGAAUGGGGGGGGGGAAGCCAUCAGUUCUGGAAAAAGAAGAAUUGAAGUAUCGCCUCUGUCUUGUUUUAAAUGAGCUUUUAUGUGCAAACGAAGAGGAGGAGUCUGAUUUGGAAAUACCAAGUCGUGCCGACAUCUGUUUUAAACUGUUUAUAUAGUUUUCAUUUGUUUCUCACAUAUAUUUAUUCAAGUUAGCUGCUUCCCACUUGGAUCCAGCAGCUCCUUUUCUGCUCUCAAAGAGCUGAAAUUCAUUUUUUAGUUUAACAAAUAUUUUAAAGUUUCAUUGUAUUACUUUUUUUAAAAUUUUCCCCCAGAGUGUUGAUUCCACUUCCUCCUGAUUUUCACUUUCCAGGUGAAAAACAGGCAUCCAGGUAAACUACUUUCAUGUGCCACUGCAAAGUGGAUAUUUAUUGUCAUAUAAUUUCGGUGUACAACAUUUUUGCUUCUUUUACAGUGUUUUUUUCGGUUUAUGAGAUGAGAUAAAUAUUGGCUUCAGACCCAGCAGUCCUUCAACUCGGGCCUCUUGCUGGAGUUUCCCAAGACAGCCUUCUAAAUCAAAACAUUAAGCAAAAAAUCUUAAAAUGGCUUAUCUUGCUUCACGAACUCGCAUUGAUACAAAAAUUGAGAGCAUGUACUCUACAUGUAGAAUAAUCGGCAGGGGCCAGUCAUAAAAACACCCCACCCACUAAAGGAACACAAGUGUGGUUUCUUCAUUUAGAUCAAGCAGCAAGGAAAAGCACCGGUUGAUUGGCCCAUGAUGAAAAGUGGUCAGUUUGUUAAUGUUCUCAAAAGGCCAGAGAUGUUUUAAAUGGCUGCGUGGCGCUGACCGCGCUGUCCUGCAACCGAGUCGAAGAAGGUGUUGAAGGUGUCGUUGGAACCCCCAUCAGAGUGAUCCCAAAGAAGUGUGAGAGAGUUCAUUUGGUGGGAAUGCUAUAAUGUGGUGAAAAACCACAAACGAAGAGGUGUUUUAGAAGCCAGCGCUGUUUCCUGUCCCUCGAAGCAGUGACAGUGGUUUGCAUCACUCAGAUGCUCUGUUCAGGUUCCAGCGUUUGAAUUACACAGUACUUAAGAUUUUAUUUUUCCCCAUCAGCAUCACCGAGCCCUGAAAGUUUAAAAGUUCCAGUCCCCAUGAAGCUGUUUUCAAUUUUAGCAGGGAGAGACUAAAUGGCUAAGCCUACACUGUACUGCAAAAGUCUUUGCUAAACUCCUUGGUACGGUAACUGUUGUCUUAGAGGGAAUAUUGACAUGGAUGCAAAACGUGGCUGAACAGUGUGCUGCUGUUUCAAGCAAUUUUUCCUGAAUUAAAAACCUGUUUGUCAUUUUGUAGCAUACCACAGACCAUGACUCUGUUGUUGUUGCAGUGUUCCGGCAAAGAAAAAGGAAUUUUGUCACCACCUGGUUUUGACUGUAGUUAAGUGUUUGGGUAGGAAGACUUUUAACUGUGUUCAAGAGUAUAGUAGAUUUUAAAAGGAAAAGGUUUUAUCAUGACAUUUCAUCCUUUGCUAGUACAAAAUGUGCCUUGACGGUUGUCAAGUUUUGUUUUUUAAGUCCAUAUUGUUUUUGCCGUAUGAUUUUUACUGUUCUGUGUCUUUUUUUAGAUUACAUGCACUGCAGGAAUUGGUCAGUAUGUUCUCAGAAACCAUUAAUUCUGAUAAAGGGUAGACUUGUUCAGAACCUAAAGUAUUUUUUUUUCCAGUUUUUCCUUUUUUUUUUUAAUCUUGACCAACAAAUGACGUAAUAUACAGUAUAGGAGGACCAAAUUUCAGAGUAUUCUUUAAAGAGAAAGACCAGUGUUCUCAAAGUUUUUUUUGGUGUUAUUUUAACAAGGGGACCAACAUUAGCAUUAAAUGUUGAUAGAAAAAAUGUUGUAAUGGGAAUUUUAAUACUACCACACAAUAUCAUAAAUAGCCCACUACUGCUGUAGUUGAUGGGUAACUGUAAACACAAACUUUGACAAUAAAAAGCUUGUUAGUCGCAGUAACAAUAUGCUAUCAGCAGAUGUCACCCUAUCACAGCUUUAGCCAAUUGGAAACCUGAUUUCUUGGACUUAACUGAAGGUCUAAAACCUCAAAGAAAGCAUGUGAAUAAAUAUACUUGCUUAGAUAUUGUAAUCCACUCAAUCCAAUUUUAAGAAACUGAAGAGGUGCUUGGAGUUCCCAUUUUAUGCAACCUUUCUCAGACAGGUGCUAGUUUUGACUCUAGUGCAGGAGAUUAAAUCAGUUGAAGAUUGAAGGCAGAUGUAAAUGAGCAGUUAUGCCAUUUUUUUAUUUAAUUUUACCUGGAAGCAGUGUUUCUUAAUAUAGCUGGGACAAGUGUAAUAAUUAUGCUGCCAAAAACUUUCAUUUCACUCUGCAGAGAUUACUGAUGCAGUGUUGCCGUUGGUCAAGUAUUGAUGGAAUGCAUGUCCAAGUUCUGUCUUGCAACAAUAUCCCUGUUUCAGAUGCUGCUGUCACUGACUUUGAUGGAGUUCUAAAUCAACUGCAGGUUGUGUUGCUGAAUUGGCGUGAGAAAUAUGUUUGGCGGGUAACCCAAAGAGUACUCGCGCCACUUUGUGAGAAACCUCUACCUGUUUGUUUUCAAGCCUUCCUCCAGUCAUUUCGCCGACUGAACUGUCACCACUGUAUCUCUUGGCCAGACUGACAUUCCCCCCCUUGUGUUUUCACUUGAGACAAUGGAGUGUCUUUAAAAAGACCGAAACGCUAUGCCUUACAGAGCUGGCCUCUCCGUUGCUGAACAGAGGAAGCACUGGGACAAGUAGUGGAGCAGACGUCCUGUAACGGAGGUCCUUCUCUGGCUGUGUUAUGUGAGUCGCUGGUAUGAGUCUGUGCCUGUGGACUGAAACGGGGGUACUGUUGCUAUAGUUGGCAACUCCCAACAGCUGCUGCCGCUGAUCUGUUUUCGCUUCAAUGUGCCUCCGUAUAUAUAUUGUGAGACUCUUGUUGAAUGUCUUUUUUAUUAUUUCUUACUGUUCUAUUUACAAAUGAAGCCUUUCUGUAACGUGCCUAAGCUAUGAAAAUAUGUAAAUUUAAUUUUGCCUUUCAUAUUAAACAUACUCUGCCUGAGAAUUAAACUACUUAUUCAGCCA